GUCGCCCUUUCCAAGAUGGUGUCGCGGAGGCUCCGCCCCCGAGCCGUGCAUGCUGGGAGCGGCGGCAGUGACUGCUGGCUGAGGCGCCGGGCCUGCUGCUGCUGUGUGGGGCCGGGGCCGGGGUCGCAGCGAGUCGGGGCCGAGAGGCGCGAUGCCGGAGCUGGCCGUGGACCGGGUGGUGGUUCACCCGCUGGUGCUGCUCAGCGUGGUGGAUCACUUCAACAGUCUUUUCCAUUUAGAAUAGGAAAAGUUGGGAAUCAGAAGCGAGUUGUUGGAGUGUUGCUGGGCUCUUGGCAGAAGAAAAUAUUAGACGUAUCCAACAGUUUUGCAGUCCCUUUCGAUGAGGAUGAUAAAGAUGACUCUGUGUGGUUUCUAGACCAUGAUUAUCUGGAGAACAUGUAUGGAAUGUUUAAAAAAGUCAAUGCUAGGGAAAGAAUUGUUGGAUGGUACCACACAGGCCCCAAACUACACAAGAAUGACAUUGCCAUCAAUGAACUAAUGAAAAGAUACUGUCCUAAUUCUGUAUUGGUAAUUAUUGAUGUAAAGCCAAAGGACCUGGGACUGCCAACGGAAGCCUAUAUUUCAGUUGAAGAAGUUCAUGAUGAUGGAACUCCAACCUCCAAGACUUUUGAACAUGUGACCAGUGAAAUUGGAGCUGAAGAAGCAGAGGAAGUUGGUGUUGAACACUUGCUACGAGAUAUUAAAGACACAACAGUGGGCACUCUGUCCCAGCGCAUCACAAACCAGGUCCAUGGUUUGAAGGGACUGAACUCCAAGCUUCUGGAUAUCAGGAGCUACCUAGAGAAAGUGGCCAUGGGCAAACUACCCAUCAAUCACCAGAUCAUUUACCAGCUUCAGGAUGUCUUCAACCUGCUGCCAGAUGUCAACCUGCAGGAGUUUGUCAAGGCCUUUUACCUGAAGACCAAUGACCAGAUGGUGGUGGUCUACUUGGCUUCUCUUAUCCGGUCUGUGGUUGCCCUGCACAACCUCAUCAACAACAAGAUUGCCAACAGAGAUGCAGAGAAGAAGGAAGGUCAGGAAAAGGAGGAAAGCAAAAAGGAGAGGAAAGAUGAGAAGGAGAAAGACAAAGAGAAGAGUGAUGGCAAGAAAGAGGAGAAAAAAGAGAAAAAAUGAAAAGUGUAGUUUUUUAUUUGUAAAUUAAAAUCUUGUAAACUAAAUCACUCUGCUGCUAGAAGGUUCUUUUCACUUGUUAAAGUGAUCAGAGUUCUCUGUUCUUGCCUGUCUUGGGAGGCACUUUCAGAUCAGCUGCCUCUGCUCUUACAUCAUACAGGCAGAUAGCUGGAUACAGGGGACGAGGGAAUUCAGUCCACACAAACUGGCAGUUCUAAUAAGGAACAGGCAGCCUUACUACUGGGAAGGAAAGCCCCUGUCAUUUCAGUCCUCAGCGCUGUGAAGGGAGGAAGGAACAAGCAAAGGUAAAGUGCAGCGUUUGUCAUCUGCUGCCAGUAAAAUCUUGUGUCCCAAGAUGCUUGUCUGUCUCCUUCCCUCAUGAUUUAGGUUUACAGGCUAUUUGGGGUUACUACCAUGUAGUAUGUAAAACUGCUAAACUGUAUGCAUGACCCUGCUGCUCCUUGCCAUCUUGCAUUCUGCUGUCACUCCUAAUCUGUGCUUGAAGGCCCUGCACAGAGGAUAAAUUUACCUGCCCAGCCUGUUGCCCAGGAGAUCUUGAGGUUGGGCUCCUAUACUGUUUUACUUCCAAGAGAAGAUUAAAUGGUUUGGUUUGUAA